GCAGCAGGGAGCAGGAGGAGAAGGGCAGAGGAGGCAGAGGCAGCUCUGGCGCUCCCUGAACUCGCAGCAGGUCCAGAAACAUCGCCUGGAUCCCGCAGACAAGGAGCUGAGCAUGGAGAGCAGGGAGGACAAAUCCCUGCAGCAGAACCUCGUGGAAGAGGCCGUUUUGAAUGACUCUGUAGCGCAGAAAUCCACCGGGGAGGAAAAGGCCUGGAGAUCCCUCACGAGGAGGGGCUGCAAACACAGAUCUGGGGGAUGUGAGGAGGAAAGAGCCACCCUGUGCCGGGAAGGCGGCCGGAGAUGGAGCCAGAGCUCAGAGCUGGUGGUCCAUGAGCAGCUUCCUGAUGGGGAGAAGCCCCACAAGUGCUUUGGGUGUACAAAGAGCUUCAUCUGGCGGUGCCACCUGCUCCGCCACCAGAGGAUCCACACAGACGAACGGCCCUACGAGUGUGGGGAGUGUGGGAAGAGCUUCAGGAAGAGCUCCCAGCUGACUGCCCACCAGAGGAUCCACACUGGGGAACGACCCUACGAGUGUGGGGAAUGUGGGAAGAGGUUUCAGAACAGCUCCAGCCUGAUCCGGCACCGUCACAUCCACACUGGGGAGAGGCCCCAUGAGUGUGGGGAGUGUGGGAAGAGCUUCAGGCAGCGCUCCCAGCUGAUCCGUCACCAGAGGAUCCACACUGGGGAGAGACCCUUCAAGUGUGAGGAGUGUGGGAAGAGCUUCAGGCAGAGAAGUGACCUAAACUUCCACCAAAAGAUCCACACUGAGGAUAGGCCCUACAAGUGUUCUUCCAAGUGUGGGAAGGGAUUUCUGACCAGCACUCAGCUCCUCGUACAUCAGCAGAUUCACUCAGAGGAGAGGCCCUUCCGCUGCCCCGACUGCGGGAAGGGAUUCACACAGAACUCCACCCUCAUCAGGCACGGGCGCAUCCACACUGGGGAGAGGCCCUACGAGUGUGAUAAAUGCAGGAAGAGGUUCCAGACCAGCUCCAGUCUCCUCCUGCACCAGCGCACACACACAGAGGAGAGGCCCUUCCACUGCCGCGAGUGUGGGAAGGGCUUUAGGCACAAUGGCAACCUCGACAGGCACCGACGCAUCCACACUGGGGAGAGGCCACAUGAGUGUGAGGAAUGUGGGAUGAGCUUCAGCCAGAGGACACACCUGAUCUGGCAUCAGAGGACCCACACUGGGGAGAGGCCCUACGAGUGUGGUGAAUGUGGGAAGAGCUUCAGUCAGAGCUCCAACCUGAUCAGCCACCAAAAGAUCCACACUGGCGAGAGGCCCCACGAGUGUGGGGAAUGUGGGAAGAGCUUCAGGCACCGUGCCCACCUGAUCCGCCACCAAAAGAUCCACACUGGGGAGAGGCCCUAUGAGUGUUCCAAAUGUAGGAAGAGGUUUCCCACCAGCUCUUAUCUCCUCUGGCACCAGCGGAUUCACACGGAGGAGAGGCCCUUCCGCUGCCCCUACUGCAGGAAGGGUUUCAAGCACAACUCCACCCUCAUCAUCCACCGGCGCAUCCACACCGGGGAGAGGCCCUACAAAUGCCUCCAGUGCGGGAAGAGCUUCUCCAGGAGCUCUCACUUGACCAGACACCAACAGAGGCACCAGUAAGGGAAGCCGUGCGAGUGCCCCCAGGGCGGGAAGAGCUUCUUGAGUUCCCCAACUCCAUCCCUACUUUCAAAUCCUAAUAAUGCAGGAUUCAAAGGCAGGAAGAUCUUUUCCUUGCUGGAAACUGGAAUUCCACACCCUUGGAGUGUGUGCCAUGCAGGAGCAUCCAGAUUGGGAUCCUGCAGACUGGGACCUUAUAGACUGGGAUUGUAUGGGUUGGGAUCACAUGGACUGGGGUUGUAAAAAGUGGGACUGUACAGACUGAGAUCACAUGGACUGGGAUUUCACAGGCUGGGAUCAAAUGGACUGGGCUUUCACAGGCUGGGACCAUCCGGAUCAGAACCAUAGAGACUGGGAUCAUACAAACUGGGAUCAUAUUGCCCUGGAUGGCUGCACUGGAACGAUGUGAGCUGAGGCAGUCCCGUCUCCCCCAAGGGGUCUCUCCCGGUCCCGCCCAGUCCUGAACGGGGCUACGACCAGAACUCUGAAGCGAAGGCAGCGGUCUCGGAGCGAUCUUGAAGCCAAUCCCCGAGCAAUUCUGGGUCCAGUCCUCAUCCCGGUUCCGGCCUCAGUCUCAGUCUCAUUCCCAGAGCUGUGCCAGUCUCAGUCUCGGUCUCAGCACGGUCCCGGUUCCAGUGCCGGUACCAGUGCUGGUCUUGGUCCCAGAGUGCUCUCAGUGCCAAUCCCAGUCUCAGUCCCAGUCCCAAUCCCAGUCUCAGUCCCAGUCCCUGGGUGGUGCCAGUCUCGGUGCUGGUUCCGGUGUCGGUCUUGGUCUCAGUCUUGGUCCCAGUGCCAAUUCUUGUGCUGGUUUCGGUGUCGAUCUCAGUCCCAGUCCCGGUGCCAGUGCGGUGCCAGUCCCUGUUCUGGUGUCAGUUCUUGUCCCAGUUCCAGCCCCUGUCCUGCAGCAGUGGCAGUGUCGGUUCUGGUGUUGGUUCUGGUCCCAGUCCUGGUCUCAGUGCCUGUCCCAGAGCAUCGCCAAUCUUGGUGCUGGUUUCAGGUCCAGUGUUGGUCUCAGUCUUGGUGCUCGUGCUGGUUCUGGUGCUGAUCUUGGUCUCGGUCUCGGUCCUGGUCCCAGAGAUUUUAGGCCUGUUUGGCUGAUUUUAAGCCAAAUCUGUUGCAUUUUAGGGUGGACUUCAGGCCCCUUUGGGUGACUUUCGGCAAACCUAGGUACUUUAUGGUUGGGAUUUACGCCCACUUGAGAGAUUGAAGUGUGAAUAGAGGCCAUUUAAAGAAGACUUAAAACCAGUUUGUGCAGUUUUACGCUGCUUUGGUGGGAUGUUAUACUCCUUUGGAUGAUUUUUAACUGCAUUUGGCUCAUUUUAGGCUAAAGCAUGUGGAUUUAGGGUGGAUGUUAGGCCCUUUUGGAUGAUUUGAGGCCAAGUCUGAUCGAUGUUAGGGUGGAUUUUAGUCGCCUUUAGACAAUUUUAGACCCAUUUGUGUUAUUUUAGGCCAAACCAGGCCCUUUUAGGACCGUGUGUUCCCUUGACCCCACCCCUUUCCCAUCCCAGUUCCCGCCCUUUCCCUGACCCCGCCCCCACAGUUCGGGGCUGGGAACGGGGGAGGAGGAGGAGGGAGGGAGGAAGAGGCGGAGCGGCAGCAGGGAGCAGGAGGAGAAGGGCAGAGGAGGCAGAGGCGGCUCCAGCGCUCCCUGAACUCGCAGCACGGCCGGGGAGCAUCGCCCCCAAUCCCGCAGGUGCCCGGGGAGGAGGAGCCCGCCUCAAAUGUCUCAAGGGCGUCCCUGGGUUUGGGGUUUUGUUUGAGGGGCUGGAUGUGUGGGGUUUGCAGGGCUCCAAAGCCGAGGCGCAGAUGCCCCUUUGGGGGACAUCGGGGGCUCCCGGGAGGUGUUUUUGGGGUGUCCCGGUGGCGGCAGAGCCCCGUUGGGGGUCGGGGGAAUGCGGGUCCCCCCGCGGUGGGGGUUGGGCUUCCCGGGCCGGGCCCUCCGAGCUCUGCCGGGGCCACGUGGGGAGCGGAGGGGCCGGGGGACACCGGGUUUGGGGAGCCCCGGGAGAGCCGCAGCUUCCCUGAGCGGGACCCCGGAGAGAGGAGAGCCCCAGAACUGCAAAACGGGGACCCCGAGAGGGAGGGAACCCCUGGGUUUGCAGGGACCCGGCGGGGGUUGCUGGGGCUGGAGGGACGGGAUGGGCGGGAAAGGGGUUUGGGGGUGCAAGUGCUGGGAAAGGGACUCAGGGCUCCAUGUUCUGUUAAUUGCAUUUCCCAGUAUGAGCCCAGUUACUCCCUCUUAUGAUAUAAUUUGCUCCCAGCACGGUCCCAGUUUCACCCAGUCCCUCCCACUGUGCCUGAAAUUGCAGAAGAAAAACCAAAACCCCUCCAAUAACAUUUUUAAAGUUACAGAGUCAAGGCAUUACUGUAUUAUCUGGCAUGGAUGUUGUUCUUGCCAGGAUGUACCACCAAAAUCAUCUCAUCCACACAUAACCUGGGUGUGCCAAGAGAAUCAUUCCAUGCCACACUGUUUUUAGGAGAUUUUUCAGAUCUUUUAUACAGCCAAAACUCAUGGAAACAAACGGGGUCACUGUUCACUGGUCCUAAGUUGCAAAUACUAAGUUUGUAGGUUUUGGUCUGCUAUUGGAAGCCUGUUGGUUCGUUUUUGAUGUUAAUGACAUCUUCCUCCAUUGAAUUUCUUAUCAGUCUUGUCCAGAGGAGAUGUCUCCAACUCUGCCAGAGGCACAGUCUGGGGUAGAUGUUCUUGGGUGGGCAUUGAUGUUCCAUUAAUGGGCGCUGAUGGCCCUUGAUCUCCCGUCUACUCCCAGUCUGUUAAAACGUUGAGUUCAGUAGACCCUACCUGCUGGAACAAUGCCUGGAAAGAAACUUAAAGGUCUUUUUCCCCAGGCAAAGGCAAACAAAACCCCUUGACUAAAGGUAUACAAAAAUUUCGAAACUGAUAACUUGUCCAACACAACUUUGGUUCUGUAUGUUCCCAGUUCUUCUAGUUGCCCCUAGCAUAGUCCUAGUCACUCCCAGAAUGAUCCUCGUAUGAGUCCAGUCUGAUGCCAGUGUCUCCCAGCAGAGCCCUAGUCACUCACACUUGCACCCAGUUCCCCCCCAAAACAUUCCCAGUCACUCCCAGUUUGGUCCCAGUCACCACCCCUAUGGUCUCAGACACUCCCAGUAUAUCCCAGUUGCCCUGAACAUUCUCAUUAUCAUUCCCAGGCACUCCUAGUUACCUCAGCAUGGUUCGCUUGCCCCCAGUUGCUCCCAGUUUCUCCCAGUGUGUCCCCAGCUGGCUGCCAGCAUGGCCCUGGUUACUCCCAGUAACCCCCAGUCAGGAUCCAUUGACACUAAUCCCAGUAUGAUUGUAGCUACUCCCAGUAUGAUCCCAGUCACUUGCAGUCUAACUCCAGUCCACUCCCAGUCUGAUGCCAGUGCCCCCAGUGUGAUCCCAGUUGCUCCCUGUCAAUGCCAGCAUGACCCCAGUAGCCUCCAGUAUGAUCCCUGUCUCUCCCAGUGUAUCCCACUCACCCCCAGCAUGCUCCCAGUCACUCCCAGCUGUUCUCAGGAUGAUCCCAGUUGUUCAAAGCCACUCCCAGUCAAUCCAAGUAUGAUUCCCAUCACCAUCAGUGUCAUCCCAGUUCUCCCUAACAUUGACCCACGUGUUCCCAGUUCUCCCAGUAUGGUCCCAGUUGCCCCUAGAAUAGUCCCACUCCCUCUGGGCAUGGUUUCAGUCAUGCCCAGUUGCCCCCAGUGUAGAUCCGGUCACUCCCAGUUGCCCUUAGAGUGGUCCCAGUGAUUCCCAGCAUGGACCUGGCUGUUCCCAGUGUUGUUGCAGUCCCCCCAGUAUGGUUCCAGACACUCCCAGUUGCCCUCAACAUGUUCAUAGUCAUUCCCAGUCACUCCCAGUUGCCCCAGUAGGGCUCUAGUUACCUGAGAAUGAUCCCAGUCUUUCCCAGUUAGUCCCACUUACCUCCAUCACACUCCCAGUUUCUGGCAGUUGCCCGAAGUGUGGUCACAGUUGCUCCCAGUAUGAUCCCAGAUGUCAUCUCAGUUCCCUCAGCAUGGUUCCAGAAUGUUAGAGUGGAUCCCAGUUGCUCCCAAAGUGUCCAAAUUUUCCUCCCAGCAUGGGCCCAGGAGCUGCCAGUAACCCCCAGUUAGGAUCCAUUCACACCCACUGUAAUCCCAGUGGCUCCCAGGAUGAUCCCAGUGGGACCCUGUCAUGGGUUGGCACUGGCCAGAUGUUAAUGCACCCAUGAAUAUGUUUUUUGUUUUUUUUCCCUAACAGCUACUGUGGGAUGUGAUCAGGAACAGAGCAGAGCAGGCUUAAAUCUUGAAAACAAAAAAAACCACCAAAACUUUAUUACAUUACAUAAGAACAGGGACAGAAAUACUCUUAAACACACACAGAGACAGAAAUAAAAACUUCUUAAAACAUUUCUUCUCCCAGUUUCUACCUCCCCACACAUCACUCUUCACAGACCAACCUUUGGGUUUUAGAUCAAACAAUCACCACUCAAAAACAAACUAAUCUUCAAUUCAGCAAGGGAGAGAGGAGUCUCUCUGGCACCACAGACUGUUCUCCAGAACACACAGGUCUACUCCUUAUGUGUUCCCAUGUCACCCGUGGCACCGCCCAGAGAAGUCUGCCAGGGUGACUCUCUCUUUUUCCUAUGUCCAGCGCUCUCACCGCUGUCUCAUAGGCCAAAACUACAUACAGGGCUUUUUAAGGAUGCUGCAUGCUGAGCUCUCCCCUUUUUACCCAGGGGCCGGGGUUCCAGGAGCAGGUCUGCCCUGAGGGCAGAGGGCGCCACCUCACCCUCCCCCUCUCUUCGCUGCUCGCUCCACUCUUCAAGUGCCAGUCACUGUAGCAAAAGCAGGGCAGCUGCAUCCACCCAAAAUGCAGUUUAUGUUCAAAAGAGACUUAAGUUCAGUCUAUGGCUGACAUUAUGCAAGAGAAGUCCCGCUCAGAAGGCUACUCCUCUCAUUCUUUGCCCAUCGGGUUCCUUCCAAUCAUGCUUUAUCAUCUCGGUCUCAGGCCGCUUCCCUCUCUCCUCCGAAACCACCAGUCAUGAGAAUCAAUGUCUAAGAAAAGUUUCUUUCUGCCAAGCAAGGGUUAACAGUUUUUUCUCGGCAGGGUGCUGCAGGCUCAGGCACUCUCAGGCUCCUCAACUCCCACGUGACUGGGCACCUUCUCCCGGAGUUUGGGGGGAAGAGGGGGUGAGCACACACAGAAGGCACUUCCACAGUUUUCCACCCCUCCAUCCUGGCUGGGGCAGCUCAGUUCCAGUCUGGUCCACUCUCUUCUCCCCCCCGGGGCUCCGGCUUACCUGAGCCCGACCACGUGUUUCCCCCUCCCCCACCCAGCCUCGUGGCUGGGCAGGGGAAGGAGGCCUGACACGUCUCUCUGCUGAAACCGGGAUCCAAAAAGAGGCCGAACCCCCUUGGGGUCCUGCUUUUAACUCUUUGUGUCCUCAGAGGCGUGUCCAAACCUCCGAGUGACUAAUCCAGGUGCCAGCAGAAAAGCUGAUUACUGAUUGGACUGCCCACAUCCCCCUGGAAAAAUUCACCUCCCCCGCAACCACGACAGACCGAAAGGCACUCCCAGUAUGGUCCCAGUCACUGACUACAAUCCCAGUCACUCCCAGUAUGAUGCGUGGCACCGAGUCAUCCCCAGUAUGGUUCCAGUUAGUGCCAGUAUGACCCCAGUCACUCCCUGAUACUCCCAGUAUAAUUCCAGUCAUGCCCAGAGUGACUCCUUGUGACUCCCAGUGUGAGCCCAGUAUGGUUCCAGUCACCCCCAGUAUGACCCUAGUCACUAUUAUUAUAUCACACCCCCAGUAUUCUUCCAGUCAUGCCCAGACUGAUUCCCUGUCAGUCCCUGUAAGGGCCCAGUUGCUUCCAGUCACUCCCAGUCUGAUUCCAGUAUGAUCCCAGUCACCCUCAGAUACUCCCAGUACUACUGCAGUCACUCCCAGUAUGAUGCCAGUCAGUUCCAGUAGGAUCCCAGUAUGACCCCAGCAUGGGCAUAGCUGCUGCCAUGAUCAUCCAGUGGGGUUCCAGUUGCUGCCAUUUAUGAAGGGAGGUUUUUAUGAAGGCCAGAUGCCCGGAGAUGGACUUGGGCAGAGGAACCUUCAAACUGAACAUGCCUAUCCCUUGUUUUCCCUCCUGACUAGGAUUUCCCAUUCCCAAACCUUGACUGGAUGAAGGAGGAGGCUGCGAGGAAGAGGAAGAUGCCCCAGGACUCCCAGGCAGACAAGGAGCUGAGCAUGGAGAGCAGGGAGGACAAAUCCCCGCAGCAGAACCUCGUGGGAGAGGCCGUUUG